CAAUCACGCAAACGACGCCGGCUGCCUGGCUAGCUGCUGAGCUGGGCCGCUGCAAGGGCGUGCAACCAUGGCGCGGAACCAGCGGGCCGGCUUUCAAUGGGUGCAAAACGUGAACGAAUCAGAGUCAGAGUCAGAGGACGAGACGGGACCCCCGCCCGUUCCCCCGAUUCACAACCGGCCGCCGUUGCAGCUGCCUUCCGACGACUUUGUCCUCAAGAACAAUGGUGUUCCCAUUGACUUGCAGCGGCGACCCCUGCCCCCUCAGCCCGGAGGGUACCAGAGCGAUGGUGGCUUUCAGUCUCAGCCCUCCUUCUCCGCCAGCAGUCAGAGCUCAGAGGCCUACAACAGCUUAGAUCGCCGCCCGCUGCCACCUCCGGCCUCGGGCGUGGUGCGAGCACCUCCCGCCAUGCCAGUCCGCGACGAUGACUUACGUGGCUCUGGCGCCCUCAUCGGUAGUCCCUCAUCCGGGCCUGACAUUCCGCGCCGUGCGCGACCCUUACCAACUCCCAUGGAUAGUCCUCAGCCAACGCCACUUUCUGCUCGACCACCGCCUGCCAUUCCAGCCCCUCGCGCCGCCCCAGCUGUGCCCGACUAUGAAGAUGAUUUGGUGCUUCCGGAUCUGCCUGUGGAGUACCAUCAACCCAUGCCCCGCCCAGCCGUACCAGUCAUGUCCUCCCGGCCAGCCCCAAUGCCGGCACCCGCCCCGACCCCCUCGGUCAAUCCAAAUAACCCACCCUGGUUUCACAUGACCGUUGACCGCCAGAAAGCUGAAAGCAUGCUCCGCAAGGCGGGGCUGCAAGAUGGCAUGUUUCUGAUUCGACCAGCCUCCAAGCCGCGGUGCUAUGCGCUUACCAUGUGCCGUCACGGCCGGAUCCUGCACAACACCAUCGAGGCCGUGGGCCACCGGUAUCGUUAUGUUGGCCCCGACCGCACCUUUGAUUCAUUGGCCGAUCUGGUCGAGCAUUACAUGUAUGGGACCCGCAGCGAGGAGCUGCGCCUCUUGGCCUGCGUUCCCAACAUCUAAUGUGCCCUUGCGUUGCGACGUGCCAGCGUCCCCAAACGCCCGACGGCUUUGCUUUGGCUGCUGCGUGCGGCCCGGAAGGUGCCUUUGCGGCGCAUCUUUUUUUUUUCCUUCUCAUGGUAGCUCUUGUUCUUGUGCGCCUCUUCUCGGCCGCUCAUUUUCUUUCCUUUUCAAUCGCAUCUUCAACAAAGUC